CAUCUGUCCGUAAAGCCCCUCCCGCGCUUCUCUUAUGAACAGCAGACAGCAGGGCGCCUGGAAACAGGUUUGAACAGCUCGCAGAAACUCUGACACGACACGCCGCGACUCUUUAUCCGCCUCUCGCGCGCUCGCGUGCUGAUCUCCUCCGCGCGUCUCGCGAUCCGCGUCCGGGGCGCAGCCGCACUUUCCCAAAAGUUUCCGCGCAACGAUUUGCCGGGAUACAUCGACAGAGGGAGCCGGGGGGGACGAGCAGCGCUGGCUGGCGAGCUGGCUGUGAGGAGACACACCGCAGAAGGAAAGUAUGGCCGCGCACGGUGCGUCCGCGCUCUUCCUGCUCGCCCUCGGAACACUGGGAGCGAGCGCGCAGUACGGGGAGCGCGGCAUGUCCGUUCCGGAGCACGGCUUCUGCCAGCCCAUCACCAUCCCCCUGUGCACGGACAUCGCGUACAACGAGACCAUCAUGCCCAACCUCCUCGGCCACACGAACCAGGAGGACGCGGGGCUGGAGGUGCACCAGUUCUACCCGCUCGUUAAAGUGCAGUGCUCGCCGGACCUCAAGUUCUUCCUGUGCUCCAUGUACGCGCCGGUUUGCACGGUGCUGGAGCAGGCGCUGCCCCCGUGCCGUUCCCUGUGCGAGCGCGCGCGUCAAGGCUGCGAGGCGCUCAUGAACAAAUUCGGCUUCCAGUGGCCGGAGAGCCUCGCGUGCGAGCUGUUCCCGGUGCACGGCGACGAGCUGUGCGUGGGGCAGAACACGUCCGAGCGGAGCGCGCCCGUCAACCCGACCCCGGACGCGACCCAAGCGACGCCCGAGCACCCCAGGAAGGGGCGUUUCAGGUGCCCGAGCUCGCUGAAGGUCCCGCCGUACCUCAACUACCGCUUCAUGGGCGAGGAGAACUGCGGCGCGCCGUGCGAGCCCAAGAAACUCCACGGGAUGAUGUACUUCAGCGAGGACGAGCAGAAGUUUGCGCGCAUUUGGAUCGGCAUCUGGUCGGUGUUGUGCUGCGCGUCGACUUUGUUCACAGUCUUGACUUACUUGGUGGACAUGAAGCGCUUUAGUUACCCGGAAAGACCCAUUAUAUUCCUUUCCGGGUGCUACACGAUGGUCUCCAUCGCCUACAUCGCCGGAUUCCUGAUGGAAGACAAGGUGGUUUGCAACGAGCAGUUCGACAACGAGUUCAGGACGGUGGUGCAAGGCACCAAAAAGGAAAGUUGCACCAUCCUGUUCAUGAUGCUCUACUUCUUCAGCAUGGCCAGCUCCAUCUGGUGGGUCAUCCUCGCGCUCACUUGGUUCCUCGCGGCCGGCAUGAAAUGGGGUCACGAGGCCAUCGAAGCGAAUUCGCAGUACUUCCAUCUGGCGGCGUGGGCAGUGCCGGCCAUCAAGACCAUCACCAUCCUCGCCGUGGGGCAGGUGGACGGGGACGUGCUCAGCGGCGUCUGCUACGUGGGCAUCAACAGCGUGGAAGCGUUGCGCGGGUUCCUGCUCGCGCCGCUCUUCGUCUAUCUGUUCAUCGGCACUUCGUUCCUGCUGGCGGGCUUCGUGUCUCUGUUCCGCAUCAGGACCAUCAUGAAGCACGACGGCACCAAGACGGAGAAGCUGGAGAAGCUGAUGGUGCGCAUCGGCAUUUUCAGCGUGCUCUACACGGUUCCGGCCACCAUCGUGAUCGCGUGCUACUUCUACGAGCAGGCCUUUCGGGAUCAGUGGGAGCAGACGUGGAGCGCGCAAACGUGCAAAACGUACGCGGUGCCGUGCCCCGCGCACAACCCGCAGGUGAACCCGGAUUUCACGGUGUUCAUGAUCAAGUACCUGAUGACCCUGAUCGUGGGCAUCACGUCCGGGUUCUGGAUAUGGUCUGGAAAGACGCUGAACUCGUGGAGGAAGUUCUACACGAGACUGGCGAACAGCAAGCAGGGAGAAACUACGGUGUGAUUUCUUUUUCCUUUUUUUUCUUGUCCGAUGGAGAACACUGUUUCGCGUUGUACAUAAACGUUGCGAUUUUUGUAAGUAUAUAUUUGUAUUUAAAUCUCGCUUGGAUGUUCUGUUUUUUUUUUGUUUUUAAAUCAAAGGACUUUUUUUGGGACGCGCCGUAUCGUUUUGGAGAUUAUUUAAGCUUUUCUCGUGGAUUAUUCUGGGUGGGGAUCUGUUUUUUUACGCCUGUGUCUUUUUUAACGACGUCGGUAUUUCCACGGGCGAAUAUUCAAACGUUUUACAUGCAAAUGAUGCAGAAAAUUACGACGAUGAUGAUGAUGAUGAUGAUGAUGAUAACGCGCGUGUGAAUUGUGCGCCCAGCACUUAUGAAUCGAGCUUUAAAUGAAAGCUUUGGGAGUGAGAUCAGAUCAGGAUGUUUUCUGGAGGCUGAGACUAGGCUCUAGAAGAAAGACUGGCCCGGUCUCAGGCUGUUUUAAGAUGUAAACUCAAGUGCCUUUUUCAGUUCGCUCGCGUUUAACUCCAAGGAACUUCAGCGUGUCAUGAACUCUGGUGGUUCGUGUUCUCCUUCGGCUCUUUUGCACAGAAGUACCUCUAAACAUACAGCUAGAACAGGACGGACGGUGUUUGCAAUGCACUUCUCAAAUAGUUCGACGUCUGUGUUGGUUUCGUUACUAAGACUUUCUGAUGCGUGUGUGUGUGUGUGUGUGUGUGUGUGUGUGUGUGUGU